CACCCGAUGUCAUUAGCAUGCACGUACGUAACGUCUACCGAGGGGGCUGUCUUUAAAUACCGGGAGACUCCCCCUCCGCCGCACCACUUCUGCGGAAAAGCUGCACUCAGGAGGAGCAGACACAUUCCACUCCGUGUUUCCACCUUUUAACUGAAGCCCUUAAAGAUGUCCACCAAGGAGAAGCUCAUCAGCCAUGUGAUGAAGGAGGAGCCUGUUGGCAGCAGGAACAAGGUGACGGUGGUGGGUGUCGGCAUGGUGGGCAUGGCCUCUGCUGUCAGCAUACUGCUCAAGGACCUGUGUGAUGAACUGGCCCUGGUUGAUGUGAUGGAGGACAAGCUGAAGGGUGAGGCCAUGGACCUGCAGCAUGGAUCCCUCUUCCUCAAGACACACAGGAUUGUGGCCGACAAAGAUUACAGUGUGACAGCUAAUUCCAAAGUAGUGGUGGUGACUGCUGGAGCCCGCCAGCAGGAGGGCGAGAGCCGUCUGAACCUGGUACAGCGCAACGUCAACAUCUUCAAGUUCAUCAUCCCAAACAUCGUCAAGUACAGCCCCAACUGCAUCCUGAUGGUGGUUUCUAACCCAGUGGACAUCCUGACCUAUGUGGCCUGGAAGCUGAGUGGUUUCCCCCGUCACCGUGUCAUUGGCUCUGGCACCAACCUGGACUCUGCCCGUUUCCGCCACCUCAUGGGAGAGAAACUCCACCUCCACCCUUCCAGCUGCCACGGCUGGAUCAUCGGAGAGCACGGAGACUCCAGUGUGCCUGUGUGGAGCGGUGUGAAUGUUGCUGGAGUUUGCCUGCAGGGCCUCAACCCAAAGAUGGGGGCUGAGGGUGACGCUGAGAACUGGAAGGCUGUUCAUAAGCUGGUGGUUGAUGGGGCCUAUGAGGUUAUCAAGCUGAAGGGCUACACAUCCUGGGCCAUUGGUAUGUCAGUGGCUGACCUGGUGGAAAGCAUCCUCAAGAACCUGCACAAAGUGCACCCCGUGUCCACACUGGUCCAGGGCAUGCACGGAGUGAAGGAUGAGGUCUUCCUGAGCGUCCCCUGUGUCCUGGGCAACAGCGGCUUGACAGAUGUGAUUCAAAUGACACUGAAGGCCGAUGAGGAGAAGCAGCUGGUGAAGAGUGCUGAGACCCUGUGGGGUGUACAGAAGGAGCUCACCCUGUGAAAAGCGGUUCUCUGAAUUCUCCAAUACACCCUAAAACCACCCUCAACACUGCGUGGUUGAGUCCCUCCUACCGUACCUCCUGUGCCCAAACAGGCAAAUUAAACCUCUGAAUAUCUUAAAAAAAAAAAAGGCCAUGUGUAGCUAAACCAGUGGAGGCUAGAUUUUACCUUCAGAUAUUCAGUGUCAUUUUCCUUUGCUGCCUCCCACCCGUCCUCCUGCCUCCAUUAAUGAAUUCUCAGAAACACAACUCAUACCUUUGGCCUUAACUCAGCCUGUGUUGGAGAAAGAUGAUAUAUAUUUGUUGUCCUGUCUACACAAGAAAAGUAAGGCCAGUUGUGCGUAUAUACUCUGUGUACUGUAUGUUACUGUGAGCGGUUGCUUCUUCUGUACACUCCUUGUCUGUAGUUUGUAUUUAUUCUGUGUAUUCUGUGAUUGUUGCCAGUUGGGUUUUUCCACUUGGUAAUCUCUGUUUAUUUUUUAUUUUGAGUAUAAUGGAGACAUUCCAUUCUCUAUGAGGAGGGCUUCCUAUCCACCUACAGUCAUAACACCACUGCUGCAGAUAUCACCGGGCCAGGAUCCUGUGAUACCAAAGUACCUUAUCAUUUGAGAAAAGCAAUGCUACAUCAACUGGUUGGCAUUGAAGCCUUUGUAAACAAACCUAACCACAAGUGCACUGACAAAAUAGCUAUUAAAAGGUAAGGUUUAGAGAUCUGUCAAGAAGCAACAAAGAUUUCAUCUGAGCAAAUUAAAGGGGUUGCCAACAAGGCGACUUGCCAUAAUUUAACUCAGCAAAGAGAUAACAGAGAGCCAAUGGGAAAGAGUCAGCUACAAUCACGACCCAGGGUCAGGUUAUGAAUCAUAACAGAAGGUGUUUGUUUGUACACCCUAAAUACCCUCAAAGGGUUUUGUAUUUAUGUUACUCCACCUGUCUGGACAAAAAAAAAAAAAAGUCAUAUUAUUUAGAACUGUUAAUACUGUUAAGAUCUAUUUAUGUAUUACUGUUACAUAUGGUCUAUCAAUCGCCUGACUCACUGAAGAACUGUACCUGUCAUGGCAGCUGGAUAUUGAUUUUUAUUUGCUGUAACAUCAAAUAAAUCUGCCAGGAUACUGAUACAA